AUGUCUUUGGUGCGUUCGUUGUGGUGUUUCCAGAAAUAAAAUUUAAAAAACAAGUUUAAGAUGGCCGACAGUGUAGAUACUCGCGUUAAUCUGGCUGCCUUGAAACGGGUAGACCCCUACGCAGUGGAAAUUGUCGAAACCGGAACUCAAGUUGCUAUUUAUAAAUUCAAUUCUCAAUCCAACGAAUGGGAAAAAACUGAUGUCGAAGGCACCUUAUUCCUCUAUGCAAGGUCGGGGGAUCCAAAGCAUGGCUUUGUUGUCAUGAACCGCCUGAGCACAGAGAAUCUGGUGGAACCCAUCACUAGAGACUUGGAGAUCCAACUCCAAGCACCAUUCCUUCUCUACAAGAAUGCCAAAUUAUCGAUCACUGGAGUGUGGUUUUAUGAGGAAUCAGAAUGUACUCGAAUAGCCCAAAAAUUGGAAGCGCUAGUUAAAGAAGAGACCGAAAGACGCCGGCCCAAUCCCGUUCAGGAAAAAUCUAACGUUGAUAUCAUGUCGUUGCUUACUAAAGCGGGACAGGAGUAUGAACAGAAAGGAAAGCCAGCGUCCACCUCCAGCAGCGUUGAUGUAGUCCGUCCUACCGCCCUGCGUCCAACGUCCAAUGGCGGUAACUCCCAAUCUACCCCACUUAGCGUAGCAGACUUGUUCGGAAUGGAACCGAUUCAUCAGUCCACGCAAAUGCCUCUUCAUCAUUGUGGCUCUCUUUUUGAGCGGCUUAUGUCGGCCGGGACGCCCACGGGUGUCCCACCACCACCUAUUCCGAAUGCAGAAUUGCAUACAGCGCAAAGUCUAGAGCGAGAGUUAAGAGGGAAAGAAAAGUCGAAAGCCAAUGGGACUGGCGAGCAUCCCUUGCCGCAUGCGGCACCAAUGCAUCCAUCUGUCCCAACCAAACCCGGUGGAUUAAUAAAUCACUCAGCAGUCCUUAUUCGUCCUCAUAUUGCUGAAGUCAUGCAGAAAAACACCAGUGGUACCCCUCCUCGUAACACGGGCUUACAGUCAGUAGCUUUGAUGUCUCCCAUGAUGUUUACCUCAGCGUCUGGAACCAGUGAACAACCAGUGGAAACAGUUCGCGUACAAACACCAGUUCAACGCCCAGCCUUCCAGCCCCAAGAGGAAUCGCACCAUCCCUAUCUAGUAGAUAACGAGAUCACGCCAUUAACUAAAGCGCAGCUUAUGCAAGCUUUCAACUACCUCCUCAAGAACGAUCCAAAUUUCAUCACCCAGCUUCACGACGCAUAUGUUCAGUCGUUGAAACAGAGUUUGAAAACCGGUCACUAAUACAAAUGAGGGAUUUACCACCAGAAAUUAUUGGCGCCGAUGUCCUCGUGGCAUUUGCUUUUGC